UGAUGUGUGUUUUACCGGCAUUUGCUUUCUUCUCUUCUGCAAAACGACUGCCUCAAAUUUCCAGGUUUGGGCGCACCGCUUGCUGCUAUCACCGUCCUUCUAUAUCUUGGCUGCUGCCGUAAUGAUCAUCAUCAGACACGUAAUCGUCAUCUUCAUAAAAGUCGUCUUCAUACUUGUAAUCUCCAGAUAUCUGAUAAUUAGGCCGCGCCGUGGAAGCCACAAUCAUAUCCACUGUAUUGCAUCCCAUCGGACAUGUAGCCCGAUUUCCAGCCUUUGCACUUUACUUCUCUCGAGUAUCGCCAUACAGUUGUCAUUUGCCCUAUCCCCGCUCUCUUUUGCACUGUCCAGAAAUAGCUGUUUACAGUCCACAUUAUUGCUAUUCGGGGCUUGAUCAGCUAGUUUUUGAUGUAUUUCUUUACCGAUCCCCCUCUAGCUCCUGGUCCACACACACCAGCUAUUUGUGCUGAAGCAGUACCAGGUCUUUAUAUGCUUAUGGCGCAUCAUGAGCCAUUA